UUUCAGCUUUUUUUUUUUUUGUUUUUGUUUAUUGGCGGGUCAGUCUUGUUCAUAAAUGGCAGUGAUCCGCAACUUUCCCGUUUCUAUUCAUUUCUUUCUCUCUUCAAAAAUAUUCCUACACUGACAUGGCCUCCAUUUACCGUUUACAAUGCAAAACCCAAUCCUACGAUUGGGGUAAGCUAGGUGAUGUCUCCAAGGUCGCGGCUUAUGCCAAGGCCUCGGGAACUGCUGUUGACAAUGACAAACCCUAUGCUGAAUUGUGGAUGGGUACCCACCCUAAUGCGCCCUCCAUUGUCAUGGAUGACAAGAAUACUUCACUUAGAGAUCUUGUCAAGGACAAUGUCAAUUUGAGCACCAAGGCCGUCUAUGAACAAUACAAUAGUGACUUGCCUUUCCUCUUCAAAAUUCUUUCUAUUCGUAAGGCAUUGUCCAUCCAAGCUCAUCCUGACAAAACUUUGGGUGCGCGUCUUUUCAAAGAGUUUCCUCAAAUUUAUAAAGACCCUAACCAUAAGCCUGAAAUGGCUGUCGCCCUUACACCUUUUGAAGCACUUUGUGGUUUCCGUCCCUUAGAAGAAAUUGCAAAGCAUAUGGAAACAUAUCCUGAAUUAGCUGAACUGAUCGGCAACGAUAUUUGUAACGAGUUCAGAAGCAGAGUGAAGGAUAAUGGCAGUUCUACAUCUGAGGGAGAUAUCGCUCAAAACAAGGAACUUCUUAAGAAAGUGUUUGCAGGUCUUAUGACAAGCUCUGAAGAAGAGGUUAAGAAGCUUUUGUCAAAGUUGAUUGCUCGUCUUAAUGACUCAAAGGCCGACGAUACAAUUUCCAAGUUACUCAUCAGACUAGACCAACAAUAUCCUGGUGGCGAUGUCGGUGUCUUCUCCUCUUUGAUGUUGAACUAUGUCGUCAUGGAACCAGGACAAGCUAUCUUCUUGGGUGCAAACGAACCUCAUGCUUACUUAUCUGGAGAUUGUGUCGAGUGUAUGGCUGCUAGUGAUAAUGUUGUUCGUGCAGGCUUGACACCCAAAUUCAAAGACGUUGAUGUGUUGGUCAACAUGCUUACUUACCGUUAUGGCUCAGCGGAGUCUCAAAAGAUGACACCUGUCAAGUUUGCUGACCAUUCUAAUCUUUAUGAUCCUCCAAUUGAUGAAUUUGCUGUUAUUUGGACAAAGUUGAAUGGUGGAGAGACCGAAAAGCAUCAAUCAAUUGAAGGCCCCAGUAUCCUUAUCGUUACCUCAGGAAGUGGCAAAUUAUCUGGCGAAACAGAUAAGAAUACUUUUGACCUCAAGGAGGGUUAUGUUUACUUUGUUGGAGCUAACACUCCAAUUGUUGCUGAAGCCGCUGAGUCUGGAUUAGAAUUCUAUAGAGCUUAUUCCGUUGCUACCAACUAGAAAAAAACUGGAAUAAAAACAUAUUUUUAUCAUCAAGUCAUCCCUGCAUCUACUUUAGCAUAGUAUUAAACUCUAAACUCUCUCUCUCUCUCUCUUACAGAUUACAACCGUACUGUAAAACACAAAAAUUGAAAUGGACCUUCCUCGGAAGUCGCUG